AUGGCACCCACAUUGACAAGCGCAUUCUCCGAGUUCCUGCAUUCGCUGACCGCCAUCGCUGGGUCAUUGGCGAACUCGAUAAUCGCAGUAUUCACGGCAAUACUCGCUCUAUGCCAGGGCGCUAUCCUUGGGCUGUUUAGCCUGGGCAAUAGCUUGGUCAAGCUUGUUCUGGAUGUAUUCCAAGGAUUAGCGGGCUUCGUCGCUGGCAACUUCAUUAUCAUCGCCGUACUCAUUGGCGCGUACUUCGUGUACCAGUCAAGACAAGGGAAUAGGGCUCAGACAAGGAGCAUAAAGUCAUAG